AUGAUCCCCUACCCCGAAGUUAAGACCUCAGACAAAGCACAAAUGCCCGUCCCCAGACCACCGCUCCUAUUCCCGCACCACGCUGCCCGCUCGACGAGGGACGAGAGUCCAACCUUUCUCGCGGCCCUUCUCGCGGCUGGGUGCCUUGACAUCAUCUCGGACACAGACGACCCUGCCGCGGCAGACGCAUACGGCCUCACCGUUGACGGUGACGCGCGUAUUCAGCGCGGGCUGAUGUUCUGGCUGCCCUCUGCAGGGCCCCGUGCAUAUUACAAUUGA